AUGGAGAUCCUCGAUCACUGCGCCAUCAAUGACAUGCGCCAUAUGUCUAUGGUCAGCAUGUUAUUCCGCGCGCUCUGUAUCCCGAAGCUGUUCCAAGCCGUGUCGAUUGGGAACCGUGACACUCACCCCCACAAGGCCAUCAUGAGCUUGAUGGUGUCCAAGGACCUCCUCCCGGCCAUAAGAUCCGUAUCCUUCGGCUCGAUCUAUCAUCGACCCGAGAAAGAUGCGCCUAGCGCCGAAGAUGUCGCAGCCGCAAUGUUCCAGCUCCUCGCCGCCGUGCCGAAGCUGAUUGAGGUCAAGUGGAGCAUUGUCCCAGACAUCGAUCGAGUCAUUCCUGCUCUCGAGAAACUUGUCGCAAAAGAUGCAACUUUCGUACAGCGAGACCUCAUUGACACAUUCGCCGAUUUCCCCAAGCUAAAGCGUCUAGCUCUUCCCUCCCACCAGGUCGUUCAUCCUCAUCCAAGAUUUCAGGAUGACCGGCUUCUUGACGAGAUUGAGUUCCUCAAGGAGAAUCAUCCACUCAAUGAAGACGAGAAACCAAUGGCGAGCUCUUUUUAG